GAGAGAGAGAGAGAGAGGAAGGGAGAACGAUCUGUGACUACGGAGUCUAGAACGGAGGGGACAGGAAAAAGCCCGCCCGGAAAGGGUGCCAAGAAGAGAAACAAGAAGAGCGAGAGGAAAGCCGCGACUGCCCACAGCGGGAGUGCUCCCUUCCGGGUGAAGCGAGCUGCAGUUAGCAGAGGUCAAGCGGCGUCCGUCUAGCUCUUCGCAUCGCUAUGGAGCUACCAGCCGCAGGGGAGCACGUAUUUGCUGUGGAAAGCAUCGAGAAAAAGCGGAUCAGGAAGGGAAAAGUCGAAUACCUGGUGAAAUGGAGGGGAUGGUCUCCCAAAUACAACACGUGGGAGCCAGAGGAGAACAUCCUGGACCCUCGGCUGCUCCUGGCUUUCCAGCACAGGGAAAGGCAAGAACAAUCAAUGGGCUAUCGUAAACGAGGACCCAAACCAAAACACCUACUAGUUCAGCUACCAGCUUUUGCUCGACGUUCAAAUGUUCCUUCUCAGCUGCAGGACACUUAUCUGGAAGAAGAAAGGUCCAAAAGUGAUAUCCUGCAGCAACCUAUUAAACGCCAGUAUCAACUAAAUAGUAAAAAGCUUCACCAGUAUAAACCCUAUAACACCGAGGAACAGCGACAACACCAAGCUACUAAACAUUAUUAUCAGCUUAACAGCAAAAAGCAUCACCAUUAUCAACCGGACAUCAUGUACCCAAACCAACAAGCCGACUCUCACAGGAGCGAAACUGAAGGGAAUCAGGAGCAACAUCAAAGUAUUCAGGAGCAUGAAACGCUGCGCAGCGGAGCCAAAAAUGGAAAUAGUUCCCAAUCUGAAGGCAUGGAAAAGCCUGAAAUGAAGGAAAUGGAUUCGAGAUCCGGGACGGGGCCAGCACUAGCCAAGGAAAGUGUGAAAAGCAAUGGCAUGAACGGUAGAAUGAAAAUAGUAAAAAACAAAAAUAAAAACGGUAGGAUUGUAAUAGUCAUGAGCAAGUAUAUGGAUAAUGGGCUCCAGUCGGCGAAGGAUAAACACGGUAAGAACGGGGACGGAGGGAAUGAGUCAGUGACAAGCAAGACUGGAGACCGCGAGCUGUGGAUAGUUAAAAAUGGACAUGGGAAAGCUGUGCCGGCGGAGGAAAGAGGAGACAAGUUGGAGGCUGACAAUGUGGCCAAUGGGUGGCCUGAGACGGCCAAGACUCGCAAUGUAAACAAAGAGUCUGAGGCCGAGAAGAAUGGUUACAUUAGGACUUUGGUGGUUAAAGACGCGGCAGCUGCAGCUCAAAAUAAAAACGGGGAGGUAGCCGGCCGAGAAAGUGACGAGGUAGCAAGUGGGAAAGAGGUGAGAAGUCCAAAGGGACAACGUCCCUCGGAGCAGUGUGAACAACCAACUCCAUUGCGAUGGGCCUGUGAUUCGGAGGUUUCCAAAAGGGAUGGGUUAUACUCCAAACUCCCCAAGUCCAGGAAACGCUAUCUGUCAGAACCCAUCGUGGACAGAGAGGCCAAAAAGCCGCCGACGUGUAGAAGCAUUAGCGUGCCGGGCAGCGCCGUCCAGCUGGAACAGGAUGAUCUCAUUGAGCUGCAGGCGGUCGAUAGUUAUCAGAAUGAGGGAAUUGAUGGGACUUUGGACUCAAAUCCCGAGCAGCCAAUCGAUCUGAGCUGUGUAAAGUCCAGGCCUGAGCCUCAGAAGGCGACGACACAGCAGACGGAGGUUGAGGGAAAAGAGGAAACGGCAAAGGGGGAGCAACAAUAUCCUUGGACUGGCCUCAAGCCUUACCUGGGGAAUCUGAUUAUCACAGAUGUCACAGCGAACUGCCUCACUGUCACUUUUAAAGAAUAUGUAACGGUGUGAAGGAAACGUAAGGCCAAUUUAGAAACCGUAUAGAAUGAAUGCAGAAAUCCUGAGAGUGAAUGCACUCUUUAACCCAAAUCUCCAUUCUUUUCAUUGAAAGGUUCAAAUGUAUGCAAUUUUAUUUAUAAGCGGGCACAUUAAAUAUGUAGACGUAAAUAUGUGUCUGCAGUUAGACUGGGCUAACCAGGAAUAAAGGGCAACGAUAGAAAAUAUCGCUUCCUUAAAUCUGGAUUUUUAAUUUUUUAAAAGCAAAAUCUUAAAUAAAUAAAACCACAAUAUGGAUGUUUGAUACAUUGUUUCAAUUUUUAAUCCAAUGUCAAAUAUAAUUAAUAUUUGUGAUAAUAUGUGUGCUAUCUACAUGUGCAGACUCUGUAUUUCCUGUCUGUUUGAUAUUUCCGAAACUGGCGAGCUUGUGCUGCUAUGAUAGAAUUGUAUUUUUUUUGUGCUUGAAUGUAAAUAUGUGAAAACGCCUUUAAAGCACCAUAUUCGCUGUUGCAGUGAGGCGACAGUCAAUAAGAUAAUGGGAGAAUGUUGAUAUUCUUUUUUUAAUCUCCGGGACGCCAUUUUUGAUGUGGCGUUUCUUAUUUACCAACUGAACAGUGAAUAGAAAUUCUAUGAAACAAGACUGAGUCAUAUUCUUAAUUUGUGCCGCGCAAUGUAGAAGUCAAUAUACUGUCAUGGCGAAGCUCUUCUCUCGAAGGAUUCUGGUGCUGUUAGUGAGUAAAUGAAAAUGAUGAAACUAUGGAGCUUCCUUUGAAAUCUUACUGCCGAUAUUUUAAA